AUGUUGAUUGUGACGGAUAAGCUUGAUCGCGGUCAGGGGAAGAGAUUCACGGCGAAGUUUGGUUCCUUCUCAUCGUCGUCUUCUUCCGUUUCGAUCGGGGUCAACAGUAGUGACGAUGAAGCCGGAGAGAAUGAAGCCGAGUCUCGUUACAAGGGUCCUCUCGACACGAUGGAUGCUCUUCAAGAGGUUUUACCCAUAAGGAGAGGGAUAUCAAAAUUCUACAACGGGAAAUCGACGUCGUUCAGGAGCUUAGCGGACGUUGAAUCCAUGCAGGUGAAGGAUGUUGGUCGACCUGAGAACCUUUUCACUCGCCGCCGGAGAAACCAUUUCAAUCACCGGAUGUGUAGUCGCGGUGGGAUCUCGAAGAAACCCGUCAAGACAACCAUCACGAUGGUCUCUUCCUCCGAUGAUGAUUCGUAUUCAACUUCUCCUCUUCCGAGGGAUCAUCGUAUGAUGACGACUCUCCCGCCGCUGCAUGAGACGCAGAAAAGCAAUGAAUCUGUCGGUAACCGUACUGUGCCCGUUGUUGCUUCGCCGCGGUGCUUCCAGACGCCGGCGGGUAGGAACAUCCAUAAUGUCAUUUGUUAA